AUGUUCCGCCUGAAGUCAUCGAUUGCUUUCUGGGCAUCUGCCAUAUCGGCUAUUGUAGCUUCUUACCUUGCCAGCACGGCUGACGCUGCUCCGACACACGAACUCGAGACUCGUGCCACCCCAGCUGCACCCCACUUCGUUGUGUACUCAGACCAGUGGGUGUCUGGCGAGAACGGUCCACCUGAUCCUUCGGUCAUCUCUGGAUUCAACGUUUUUGCGUUAUCCUUCUUGCUCAUUUCCGGUGCAGCCGAUCAGGCUCUGGAAUGGGAUGUCAUCGGUGCUUCUGCACGCGCGACUAUCAAGUCACAAUACGAGGCCGCAGGCAUCAAGAUGAUUGUGUCCGCGUUCGGGUCCACAGAUGCACCAACGUCGACUGGGGCGGACCCCGUCGCUACCGCGAACACUAUGGCCCAAUGGGUCAUCAGUAUGGGAUUGGACGGCAUCGACGUGGACUAUGAGGACUUUAAUGCCUUCGACGGUUCUAGCGGCAGUGCGGUCACCUGGAUAGAAUCUUUCACAAGACAAUUGCGUGUCAACCUCCCGCAAGGCCAGUACCUUCUCACACAUGCUCCUGUUGCUCCUUGGUUUGAGCCUAAUGCCUGGGCUGGCGGAGGAUAUCUCGCCAUCAACUCUGCUGUUGGAAAUCUGAUUGACUGGUAUAAUAUCCAGUUUUACAACCAGGGCUCCACCAUGUACACAACCUGCACUAACCUGCUCACGACUUCUGGCGGCGCUUUCCCUUCGUCCUCGGUCUUUGAGAUUGCAGCCAACGGCGUCUCCCUGGACAAGAUUGUCAUUGGCAAACCUGCGGCCGCCGGUGACGCAGACAGUGGUUUUAUAGCGCCUGCCACACUCGCCACCUGUGUACAGCAGGCGAAGAACCAAGGCUGGGAUGCCGGUGUGAUGACCUGGGAGUUCCCGGAUGCUGCAGCUUCAUGGAUAGCGACUGUUCGAGCAGACUCGUGGCCCGUAUAACUAUAUGGCCAACAACGAUCUCGUUGUUCGCUGAGAAAGAGGUCGGUUGGGAUGGGAUAGAAUCUAUGACAGGUCUUUUCCUCCUGGGUUUUGUGUUGUUGGUCAUUGGGAUCUAUUGGAUUUAUUGCGUACUUAUAUCGCUCAUAUCCUAUAUUCAAUGCAAUCGUGA